AAGAAGUAUGCUCUAGAGUUAAUAUUUGAGUCAGGUCUAAUUGGUACAAAGCCAGCUGGAACACCUUUAGAGCUGAAUCGGAAGUUAACAUCAGCAGAGUAUGAUAGUUGCUUCAAUAAUAAUAAUGCUCACUUAGAUGAAGCUCUUAAGAAUCCUGGUGUUUACCAAAGAUUGGUUGGAAGACUGUUGUAUUUUACUAUGACCAGGCCUGACAUUGUUUUUGUGGUUCAGGUACUCAGUCAGUUCAUGCACUAUCCUAAGAACUCUCAUAUUGAGGCAUCAUUGAGAGUGAUAAGGUAUAUAAAGGAGGCACCAGGUUUGGGACUGCUAAUGCCUGCAGAAUCAUCAAAUAAGCUGAUUGCUUACUGUGAUUCAGACUGGGGGCAUGCAUACAAAUAA